AUGGGCCCAUUUGAAAAUUUCAAGAUGCAUGCCCCCAGCCCCACUCCCUUACAGGUGGAUACUAGGCGUAGGAGAAAGGCUGAAAGUCAGCAAAGCCCAAGUCUCAUCACACCUGAACCCAGCCCUAGCCCUCAACCCAGCCCCAGUGAUAGAUCUCCCCAGUUGGACGUCAUCACCACUCCCGUCCUUGAACAAUAUGGGGUGUCCUUCAACACCCUAUACAAAUUGCUCCUGUGCAGAGUGCUCCAUAGCAAAGGAUACAAUUUCAUGGCAGAACCUCCCUGGUCCCAACUUCCCUGGAGAACUGCCACCCCCCCCCCCAUUGUUGGCCUUCAAACCUUCCAUGAUGCAAUCCAGUGCACCAUUGAAGUGAAUGGCGAUGACAUAUGUGGCUAUAUCACUGCAACAAAAAUGGCCCAGCUGUCUACAGUCGACCAAACUGUGAAAAUUAUCGACAUCUCAGGAUUUGAUCUGGAUGCUGCUCAUGGGCUGCUUCAUCAGGCAAUGGCCACCUACAUGAAUGACUUGAACAUCCUUCCAGAUAAAGACAUCAGGACCAUUCUUCCUGUCUUCAUUGAAACUGGGAUUGACCAGUUUCUCCAGCCGUUCAACAGAAAGAACUUCCGAAAACCCUUUGACCCAGACCCAGAAAAUAAAAUUUAUGGCAUCCUCCAGCACUUGAUCCUCAAAACAUACAAGAAGGGCAUCCAAUUUAUGGAGCAGAAGGAAUCAAUUCCAAGCGCCAUAUUUCUCCUCAUGAUGAAUUCCACGCUGGUCCUAGUGGAGUCCUAUCAAACUCCUACUGGAAUGAUCCCAAAUCACCAGGAAUUGUGGAAUUCUGGUGGAUUUUUAAGGAAUGGGUAUAGUGGAGUCCAGUACAAGGAGUCCAGUAGGAGUCCAGUAGGAAUUUCCAGGGAUAGGGAGCCCAGUGGGACCAACAACAUAGUGGCAAAUACUUCACAUCAAGCACUUUACAAGUUGCACUAUGACGGCGUUACUACGGAAAGGACGUAA